AUGACGAGGCAAAUCAAAGGGAAACGACACAGGGUUGAAAUAUCGAUUCGAAAAGACAGUUGGUUCAAAAAAAGCAACCUGACUCUUGCAGAAAUCGUUAAGUUAACAUACUGGUGGUGCAGAGGGGUAAGCCAAGAGGACAUUCGGCACGAAGUUAACGUUAGCGAGCAUACGGCAGUAGAUUGGGACAGCUUUUGCCGAGAGACUUGCGAAGUUACACUUCUAGAGAGAGAUGACAAGAUCGGGGGUGCAGGAAAGACUGUUCAAAUCGACGAGAGUAAGUUUGGGAAGAGAAAGUACAAUAGAGGACAUAAAGUUGAAGGACAAUGGGUAUUCGGAGGAAUCGAAGAAGAAUCCCGUACAUGUUUUAUGGUCGCUGUUGAAAAGCGUGACGAGAAAACUUUAUUGCCAUUAAUUCAGUGCCACAUAGCCGAAGGUAGCACAAUCAUCUCAGAUUGUUGGAAGGCGUAUGUGAAUAUUGAGAAGCAUGGGUAUGUUCAUAAGUGUGUUAAUCAUUCUAAAGAAUUCGUAAAUGCAGAUGGCGACCACACCAACAAGAUCGAAGGUCAUUGGCAACAGGCGAAGGGAAAGAUUCCUGAUUUUGGCGUAAGAAAAUCCAUGUUCUCAUCGCACUUAGCUGAGUUCUUGUGGCGUUACGAAAACAAAGGCAAUGACUUGUUUGAGAAAUUCCUUAUAGAUGUAAAAAAUAUAUAUGGAAAUUUUUAAGAAUUAUCCAUACUGUAAUAUAGCGAUGCGCAUCAUGCGAAUGAAGUAAGAAUGGUGUUAGAAACUAUAAUGUUGUUAUUGUCUUGUGAUGAGCCGUAUAGGUUCAAUUUGUAAUAAAUAAAUGUUUAC